CAUGAUUCUUAUUUUGGUUGCGGUACUAGUUAUUCUUGUGUACUAUUACGGCACUCGGAACCACGACUACUGGGCCAAGAGAAACGUCAAGCACGACCCGCCCGUGUUCCUGUUCGGAAAUAACUUCAAGGGCUUCUUCGGACGGCAAAGUUUUACACAGGUAGCCAACGACUUAUAUAAUCGUUUUCCUAACGAGAAAGUUGUUGGGUACUACAGAGGAUCCACUCCCGAGCUUUACAUAAGAGACCCAGAUAUAGUGAGAGAUAUAUUAAGCAAUGAUUUUCCAUAUUUCCAUCCACGAGGCGUCGGAAGGAAUCCGGACGUGGAGCCGUUGCUGGCGAAUGUGUUCCACGGAGACGGCGACCUGUGGAAGCUGACGCGGCAGCGGCUGACGCCGGCGUUCACGACCGCGCGGCUGAAGGCGAUGUUCCCGCUGGUGGUGCGGUGCGCGGGGCGUCUGCAGGGCGCGGCGCGCGCGGCGGCGGCCCGCCCCGGCGCCGGCGCCGUCAACGCGCGCGAGCUCAUGGCGCGCUUCACCACCGAGUUCAUCGCCGCCUGCGGCUUCGGCGUCGACACCAACUCCCUCGGCGACGAAGAUUCACACUUCAGAAAGAUCGGCAAGCUCAUGCUAGACAGACCCCUCCCUGUCAUAAUUAAAUUCAUGCUGUGGGAAAUUUUCCCUGUACUAAGAUCCCACAUUCACGUAUUUGAUCAGAGACUUGAUGAAGUUUUUUUCGAUUUUGUUAAAAAUAUAAGAGAAGCUAGACAAUGCAAACCAUCUGACCGCCAUGAUUUCAUAGACCUGCUCCUGGAGUUAGAGGCCAGGGGAAAGAUCGUAGGGGAAUCAAUUGAGCACCACAACCCAGACGGUACGCCUAUGACUGUGGACAUGGAAAUGGAUUUAAAAAUGAUGGUGGCCCAGGUGUUCAUAUUCUUUGGAGCCGGUUUCGAGACGUCCUCGUCGGCCACGAGUUAUACAUUGCACCAGCUUGCGUUUAAUCCUGAAUUACAAACAAAAAUACAAUUGGAGAUCGAUGAAGUGCUUAGGAAAUAUGACAAUAAGCUCUGCUACGACGCCGUGGCGGAGAUGAAACUGUUGAGCAUGGCUUUUAAGGAGGCGAUGCGGAUGUUUCCGUCGCUGGGCGUGCUGACCCGCGUGUGUGCUCGGCCUUACACUUUCUCUCAGCUGGGGUUGAGCGUGGAUCCUGGCGUGAGGAUAGUGAUCCCGCUGCAAGCGCUGCAGAACGAUGAGAAAUACUACGACAACCCGCAGGAAUUCCGCCUGGAACGAUUUAGCCCCGAAGAAAUAAAGAAGCGACAUAAAUAUGUAUAUUUGCCUUUCGGUGAUGGACCGAGAGCUUGCAUAGGCUCCCGUCUGGGCGAGAUGCAGUCGCUGGCGGGCCUGGCGGCGGUGCUGCAGGCGUGCCGCGUGGCGCCGGCGCCCACCACGCUGCGGGAGCCGCCGGUGGACUCGAGCUCCAACAUCGUGCAGAUUGUCAAGGGAGGCCUGCCACUUCAGCUGUCAGUUAGAAGCCAAUGAGUCAGGGGAUUGAAGGAGGGCAGUGAAGCGCGUGUAUGAGCCCGAAAAUUGUAAAAAAAGUUAUAUUUUUCACUAGGGAAUACGAUUGAUUCAUUUUUAUUAAAUUCUUAAUAAUCUCGUGCUCCAACAUCAUGCAACUUCUUAAAGGAGGCCUGCCGCUCCAGCUUUCCUUUAGAAGCCAGUGAGUUGGAGUCAAAAUAAAGUUGAAGUAGCGGAGAUGGGGCUAGAAGUCAAGAUGCCAAGAUUAAAUGAUUAAAGCAACGAAGCUUCACUGCUUUGCGUGUGAACUUGAAAUUAAAACAAAAGUGAUGUUUUUGACUAGAUCAAUGUCGUGAUUUUCAUGUACUUGAUUAGAUACGUGACUCCCGUGGCCUGUUUCACCACGGUGAUAUGUUGUCCGACAGUGUCACUUUGCCGUUCAUUGCAUGUCCGACAGCUAAAUAUUGAUGAUGAGUUGCUAAAGCUAUUUAUCGAGAUUGAUUAUCCAGAGAUUGGCACAAAAUUUUCAGUGUCUGUGUCAAACUCAGUGUGAGAGAAGAUCCUGAACCUUUGGAACAUUGGCUUAUACUAUAGAGGAUUAUUAAGUCAACAUCUGUGGAUAGAUUCUAUCCAAAGAAAUGCAUUAUUUAGACCUCCAAUUUAAUGUCGCAAGUCAAUGAUAUUUGUCACCCUCGGUAGAAGCUGCAUAGAUAUAUGUUGAAACCCUGGGUCACGUGUCACGUCGCUUCUAUAAGGAGCUGUGUAAGCACUUUAUAGAGGCUUCGUGUGACAACUUGACCAGAGAGCAGGCCAAUAUAUUACUCAGCGGAUCAGCAAAUUGCUGCUCAGCGUCGCAAUGGGUAAAGCCAGAAUUCUGGGCAUCCUAGCAAUGACCGAAACCUAGGAUCUUUUUUGAUGUUUAUAUUUUUUAUUUUAUGUUAUUAUAAUUGUAUUUUGUUAUAUUAAACUUACACGUUUAUGAUCUA